AUGAGGCUCCUCCGAACUCUCUCUGGACACCAUCGUUUAGUGAUUCGAGCGAUAGGGCGUCGACAUUUUGCUUCCUCAACAGAAGAGUACGCCAAGCGGAAUUACGCGAACAAUGAGGCCGAGUAUAAAACUGUUAUCGGCUCUCUCACUUCUCAGCGAAGGCCUUAUUUGUUGAGGGAUGUGUAUGAUGAUAUGAUGUUGGAUGGAGUGAAGCCAGAGAGGGAUACGUUUCAUUCGCUUAUCGUCGGGACAAUGAAAGGGUCUCGAUUGCAAGAUGCUUUCUUUUUCCGGGACGAAAUGAAAUCCAUGGGGUUGGCUCCUGAUGUUGCUUUAUACAACUUCCUAAUCUCAGCUUGUGGAAAAUGCAAGAACUCUGACCAGGCCAUUCGGCUUUUAGAAGAAAUGAAGAGAUCUGAGGUGAAACCUACUGGACAGACCUACAUAUGUCUACUUAAUGCAUGUGCAGCUGAUGGAAGAUUAGAUCGAGUAUAUGCUAUAGUUCGAGAUAUGACUGCUGCUGGUCUUGGUUUGAACAAUUUCUGCUAUGCUGGAAUUAUAACUGCACACAAAAACAAGAUUCCUCUUCCAGAUGAUACAGCUUCAAAAAUUUUUGAGCUUGUUGAGCAGUCCAAAGGGUGGUCCUCAGUUGAACAAACAAAAGACAAUGCUGAAAAUAUUAUGCUGGGUAUCUCUGAAGAAGAAUUGUAUAACCUCCCUACGGCUGAGUAUAUUCAUCGCCGUGGUGGGUUCAUUUCCAGGCAGUUUACUGUAUAUCAUGUGGCAUUUCAUGCUUAUGCUGACCUGAGGAAUGUUGAGGCUACGGAAAGACUCCUGGAGAUGCUUGAGAAGGAUGGUAAAUCCCCCGAUGUUUUCAUUCUGAUGCAAGUUAUGAGGUGCUAUCUUCAUGCUGGGGACGUAGACCGUGGUCAAAAAAUUUUCGAAGACUACAUGAAAUCCAAUAGACCACCUAUGAUAGAACUAUACGUGAUACUUGCAGAGGGAGCAAUGGUUGGAUAUACACCCAGGGGAAUGCAACUUGCUCAAGAGACGCUGGUCAAUAUGAAUUCUAGGGGCUUUACCCUGAAUGUGAGAAUGGGAAAUGAUCUCCUCCUUGCAGCCUCCGGUGAAAAAACCGGUGGAUACACGACUGCCAACUUAAUAUGGGACAUGAUGCAAGCUCGUCGCUUGACCCCUUCACUUCCUGCUGUUCAAGCAUAUUACAAUGGAUUAAAAGAACGAGAGAUACCCAAUGACGAUCCACGACUGAUGUUAGUUUCUCGAACCCUUGACAAUUUGCGACUUAGAUUUGGUCCUGGAGCUGGACGAUAG